AUGUCUGUUUCUAUCACCAAUAGUGGAGUAUCUGAGAGUCCAGGUGAUCUCUUCGAUGCUCCGGAAGGUUCGGCCCUGAUUCAUGCAUGCAAUUCUCAAGGUUCUUGGGGGGCGGGUAUUGCCAAGGUGUUCAAGCUAAAGCUCGACCAGUAUCCUGCUGCAUAUCGCUACUACCGCAGUCACUGUCAAACAUAUCGUUAUGGGGUCACAAACCACACCAUCCUCAACCUUCAGGCUGAAGACGAGAGCACAAUCAAGGUGCGGCUCCCACUCGGCACAGCUCUUGUUAUCCCACCGCAACAGAGCGAUUGCAAGGGCGGUCGCAAAGCGCACUGGAUUAUCUGCCUCUUCACUUCGCGUGAUUAUGGCAAGCGAGUCGACUCACCCGAUAUGAUUAUCAACAGUACACAUGCAGCGCUCCAGGACUUGAAGAGUCAGGUUAAUUCUCUUCAAAAUGAUAUUCAAGGCAGCCAAAAGCCUCCGCCAGGGGAGCUCUGGUCUUGUCGGUUCAACUCUGGUUUGUUUGGGGUUCCUUGGGGGAAGACGCGUAGUUUGUUGGACAAUGUCGGCCUGGACCUGAGGGUCGUAUACCCUGCUGAUGAUACCAAAGAGAUUGACGAGAGGAAAGUCUCUUAG